UCGAGCCAUAGCUUUUCUGCGCAGUGCCUCUUCCAUACAGACUAACUUGAAUCUCAGACAGUUCGUGUAGAUCGCUCCAGCACCAGCAACCUGUUCACUCUCACUCACUACCCUUACCGUACUCAUAUCAACCAACAUUCUUUCAGAUACAACUUUCCGAAAAUCAGAGGAUGCUUUGUCUUUGAUUGUCUUUGUGGAUAUUCACUCGAGGAUAUUCAAGCGUUUCUGUGAAACAUACUUGUAAAGUUUUUGAAACUUGAUAAACCAUUAGGCGCCAUUCCAGACAAAAAAAUGCCAUGGACAUAUCACAUAAAGAUCAGGAAGCGCUUGAAAGAUUGCUAGAAAAUACUCAAAAGAUACAAUUGCUGUCAGAGAUAAAUGAGGUCCUUCAGGAGCGUCAAGAGGUUGUGCAGAAGCACAACAAGCUUCUCCAGAAUGCCAGUGACUUGCAAAACCAGGUACAGGAGACUAAGCUCAUGAUACAAAAAUUAUGGCUAGCCAGAGUGGAGGAAACUCGGAAGCGAGGGACCGAUUUGGAAAGUGAACUGAAAGCCCUUCGACACCAAUUGGCUCUGGCACAGCAGCAAUCAGGAAACACCAGUGUUACUAGCAUCAAAAUAACCGAGCCUCUCGAUUCAUCCAAAUCAAGCAAGGAUAUGCCUUCUAGAAAAGCGAACUAUAAAAUAACAGCGAGUAGACUGCAAGGUGAGAUAAAAACACUUCAACAUCGAGUCAAUACAACAAAAUUAAGACUGCUCACAGAAGUCAAGAACAAGAGCCAAGCUGAAAAUGAAGUGAGACAGUUGAGACUUCAGCUAUCGAGACGUAACAGUAAUGCACCUUCAGCAGCUGGAACACCAAUAUCAGCCAAUAGUCCAAGAUCAACAGAAAAUGUUGCAUGAACGCCGACACACCAAUAAAUCAAAUGAACAGACUUUUUGCUCAACUGACACUGAAUUUCAAUAGUAUGUAGGGUAGGCUACCUAUUAAAAAAUAAUGCUAUUGCAUCUUUGAAGGUGGUUCAAGAUUGGACCCUCAAUGAAACGCGAGAAGAAAAGAAUUAGGAGUAACUGAAAUGAUUGAAUUUUUAGAGAAAUUCUAUCCAAUCAAAAAAAUGUAGUCAGAACUAUUGGUAAUUGAAACAUUAGGGAGAACAUCACAAUUUUAAUCAAGUGGUUGAAUUAUGUUUUUGUUGCAUGUUAAAUUAUGACAGCCGGUCGCAGAGUUCCAACUUGGGAAGUGGGGGAUUAAUUAAUACUGCAACAUGGCUAACUAACAGAAAACUUGAAAUAAUAGUGAGAUAUAUUGUUGCUGGAUGAACUUCGGCUGCAAAAUCAAUGCUUUGAAAUUUUGAGGAAAUUAGAGUAAUACAUACAUAUUUCGAGAACAAAAUUCAUUCAGAGUUAUUUUCAAUAAGGCCUAAAGUAUCUGGAAGAGAAAAUGCCGAUGGAAAAUUGCAGACGUCUUGGGUGAAUACCUGGAUUUUUUAACAUCUGAUUAAACAUAAAUUUCAAAUUUUUCGAACUAAUCAUCAAGUUCAACUAUUCGGUCACGACUGGGUUGUUAAAUUAAUUCUCUGAUACAAAUCCUCCCUCUGACUAAGACAUCCUUAUACUAAGAAAUACUCAAUUAACCAUUGUAAGUGUAAUCAUUACAUUAAAAACGAAUAGUAAAUAGUGUCAACAACUGGAUUGUUUCUAUGUUUUCAAAUAAAUUAACAGAGCUCUUCAAUUUGUUGCUAUCAUUGUAAUUUUCAAAUAACUUGUAAAUUACCUUUAAAGUUAAUGUCAAAUUUAUUUAUAAGAAAGACAAGGCCCAAAAAUGUUUGAGCCUAUAAAUUCUAGUUAUGUCUUGUAACUCAAAAGAGUGGUAUUUUUUUCUUUAGGGCUACUGUUGUAUAUAAAUCUGAGUACCUACCCUUGAUAAUGGCAUCAUAGGCCUAUAUGGUUUCUAUAGCUAGAUAAUAUUUCUAUGGAUAAUAAUGGUUCUAAAAAUAUAGAGGAUAAUGGUUUCAUAUAGCUGAAACAUACUGUGACUAAAUAAUUUAAAAAAUGGUACUCAGAUUUCUAUUUUUAUUCAUACUCAAUAGAGUGAUUUAUAAAUAACUAUUCUACUCUAUCCCUUUAUUCUUAAACAGUUGAGUUUGACAUCAGUUAAUAAUUUAGUCUCUUAAUCAAUCACUAUAGAGUAGGAUAAGCAUACAACAGUGACAGUGAAAAUAUGAUUCCUAUAAGUUCUAAUGAGGUUAUUCAUACUCGGUCGGCUGGUCUAGAUGCUAAUAAUGCCAUUAGAGCUUAUGGGAGAUAUAUUUUCACUGUUCACUGUUGUGUUCAAAUCCAGCUUAGUCACUGUAUCAAGUACAAUCUCUGCAACCGAUUAAAAGGAAAAUUCUCUACAUACCUUCAACAGGAUAAUUUUGACUGAUAUGUUGACUGAAGUAAAAUUUGUAUGUAAUGAGUCUAACAUGAUUCAUCCAAAUUAAGGACACAGUUUUCUAUUUCAAUGGCAUAAUUCCAAUAUUUCAAUCUCAAAUUCAUCCAGGAUUAGAUUGAAACUUUUAAAUAAUUAAUUGAUUACCAUUCAUUUGGAAGAUAUAACUUUAUGCAAAAUAGUAUGAUACCGUACCCGUAAUUACAUAGUUGAAGUAACUACUAUAGAUAUAGUGAGGUCCACGUUAUAAUGGCAGUGAAGAAAGAUAGGAAAACAACGUUGCCGAUCCUCAGUCUUGUCAAUGCCUUCUAUAGACGGUAGCUGAUACAGGUUUAUUGGUGUAAUAUUAACUGUUCAUUUUCGUUUAAAAUAAUGAAUUAUAUUUUAUUAAGCAAUAAAUUUCAUUUUUCAAUAAUUUCAUAAUCGAUUUUCAAAAUUAACAUGAAAUAUUUUGUUAAUUUAUUACUAAUUGUACAUUGUUAAAAGACAAUCUGGCAACAAAGCAAAGUGAGUACGAGAUAGCGCUAUCCGCUUUGUUGGAUGAUAGACAAGGAUAGCAAUACCAUUGCAAAUCAAACACUGCCAUUAUAACGUGGAUCUCACUAUAGGAUGUAUUUUAUUCAGUAGCAUAUAAUAUAUGUACUCCAUUUAGUUAGUUGUCAGUUAUUGUUAUCAUUAUUGUCAGCCAUAUAGGUCUUAGGUCCACUGUUGAUUGUUAUCCGUUAUAGAAUAUUAGAGAAAAUUUAUUGUAAUGUCGUUCAAUUUUGCUAAAACCGUUGACCAUUAUGUAUAAAAUCAGAUUAUACGAAAUCUAUUGAUAUUGCAUAA